UCACGUUGCGAGAUCGGUGUUGGAAAAUCUUAGUGUUUGUCUAGCCUUACAGACUUAAGCAACACUUUCUGCAAUGUCAACCAAAUUGUAUCCACUUUAUCAACUUGGGAAUCCACGGACGCGGGUGUUUCUACCAGAUUUUUGGAUGAAACUAGUUGCUUCUGUCCGAGAUCAACCCAAACACAUUGUUACCUUCCAUGUGCAUCCUAGAAUGUCAAAGCUGGAUGCAAAAAACUAUCUUGAGAAAAUCUAUGGUGUAAAAGUUGCAAAUAUACACAAGCGGAUAAUAGCAGGGGAGUACAAAAAGCAUCCGUUCUAUGGACAUGUCACGGAGAGAAAAGAUGAGACAAAGGUCUUCUUCAUUCAUCUGGCUGACGAACAAACGUUUGAAUUUCCGGAUAUAUUUCCUGAGGAUAAGAAAAGCAGUUCGGAGGACCAGAUAAAGCAGUACUCAGAAAUACAGAAACAGGCACGGAAAGAUCAAAACGUUCAGUGGAAAGAGUACCGACCUGGGGUACCAUCUUGGUUUAGUUUAUAGCAUUUCGUCAAAUUAAACUUCCAAACUGUAAAUGAAUUUGUACUGAAUGUAUAGUAUAAUAAUUAUGUUAGCAUAUGUUUUUAUACAUAACAUGCUUCUUGUUGAAAUGUCACCUUUGUGUAUGCUAUUAGUUAAAUUAAAAGAAUGUAAUAAUGAAACAAUAUUUGAAUAUGUUGUUUACAACUGUUUCUUGUUUGCCUGUUGGGCAAUUGCUAAUCUAGAAGUUGCGCAUUAUAUCUUCAGGAGUGUCAUAAUAUAGACAUCGGGCGUGAAUGCCCGCCACUUGACUAGGUAAAUACCGAAAACCAUGUCUGAUGUUCGAUGCUAUAACUACAUAAUAAGAAGAGGUAUCAAUACAAAGUAAAGUGUGAGGGCAAGUGGGAUGUACAACACUACUUCUGGUGUCAUUUUUAUUGAGUUUCACGAAAUAAAUCCUAGUUAAACUAGGGCAUGGAUAUGUUGAA